AGAUGGAAAAAAGUCCAUGAGCAACGGGAGCUGCGGGAGAGAGCGGAAAAGGAGAAACAGGAGCAGAAUCAAGACAAAUGGAACCAGAGGAUAGCAGAUGCGGAUCGGACUAAGAAUCAGAGAAAAAUGGAAGAAAAUGUGAAGAUGCAGAAAGAGAUGGAAAAACUGGCUAAAGCAGAAGCCCGUAGGAAAGAGGAAGAAGAGGAGAAAGCUAAGAAGCUCAAAGAACAGGAGGAAGAACGAGAAAGGAAAUUACGCAAUUUGCAAUUGGAGAGAAAAUUGGCUGAAGAACAAAGAGCAAAAGAAAGGAAACUUGAAGAUGAGAGAAAAGAGGAGCAAAGAAGACUUGAAGAAGAAAAACUAAAGGAAGAAAAAAUGCUUGAAGAGAAUAAGAAGAGGCAGUUGGAAGAGGAGAGAAUAAGAAUUCAGGAGGAAGAGAAAAUGAGGAAGAGGCACGAGCAGAUUGAGAUUGAGAGAGCUAAGAAGAAGAGGGAGGAGGAGUUGGCUUUGGAACUCGCUCAAAAGAAGAAGAAACAAGAAGAGGCGCAAAAGUUGAAGGAGAAGAGAGAGCUUGCGAGGAAAGAAGCAGAAGCUGCUCGUAAGAAGAAACUAGAAGAGCGGCGCCUCGCAAGGGAGGAGGAGAAGAGAUUGAAAGAGAAAGAAAAGAGAGAAAAGGAGGAGAAAAAAAGACAGAAAGAGGAACUUCUCAAACAGCAAAAAGAAGAGGAAGAGCUUGCAAGGGAGCAGGAAGAGAUGAGAAGAAGACAAGAGGAGGCAAGAAUGAUCCAGGAGGAGCAGGCAAGAUUGCAGGCUGCUGAAAAAGAGAGAUUGCAGAAAAAGGCAGAAGCUCAGAAGAAAAAAGAGAAACUGAGAAAGAAGGUUGAAGAAGAGAGAAGACUGCGAGAAGAAAAACAGAAACAGGAGCAAAUGGCAGAAGAGGAAGAACGGCAGAAGCAACGUAAAGACAAUGAAUAUCAACGCAAAUUAAAGGAAGCUGAGGUUCGACUCCAAAAGCUGCAAGAAAGUUAUCUAGCACCUCCUACUAUGUCUUCUACUAUGAACACACCCAGCUGUAAUGACACUUUUACAGUGCCUGCUGACACAACACUCGACAACAACUACAAUAUGACGCCUCGUGGACCAGACAGACCUCUACUGCCCUCUACGUCCGAGAACUAUAAUAUCGACGAUUUCCAAAGUGGGGACAGCACGGAUCAAGAAGAUGAGCCGAAAAAAGUUGUCCCGCAAUGGGCAAAAAGUUACAAACUGCAUUCUGCCAUCAUAAAACAGUAUUACAGCCCACCAGACUUAGACAAGGUGUUCCCGGGUCUUUUGCGGCCAGUUGAGCUGAAUCAACUAUUCAAAAAGACAAAACCACGAUAUUUUAAACGCACAAGCUCCGCCCAUUGGACACACCCUAUUAUGCCACCUGGACACAUCAGUUUUACGGAGCAGUGCCAAGGUUUUAGAUGAAAAUUUUAGUUUUUUUUCUAUAGUGUAUCAUUAAAAUUGUAUUUUGGGUUUAAACUCGGACUGCAUGUAAUUUUUUCUUUGCUCUUUUUUGUAUAGAAUGUGGCUGCCAUUUCUAUUUGUACUUUUAACUUCUUUAAUGGCCUUUUAUACGUCUGUACAGAUACGAUAAGUACCAAGCUAUUUAUUAGGAAAAAAUCUCAAAUUCAUUUUUAACAAAUGUUUGUGCUAGAACGUAUUGAUUUUAAAAGGCUGCAAAACUUUAACAUCUGUUUUUUGACGGUUUUUCUGCUUGCGUGCUUGCAAUGUGUAAAUUGCCGAAACUUCUCAAUAAAAAUAUUAUAUUAAAUAUUA